AUGGGAAUGAUCCGUUAUUAUGCUUAUCCUAUGCGUCCUCCCGACCCACACGACAAUGCAUUUGAAUAUAUGCUUAGCUCUGAUAUGGAUCAUAAUCUGGCUUUAAUCGGAUCCGUACCACACAAUGGCAUAAAGCAAAUCAGAAUUCAUUAUUUGUUGAAAUUAAUUUCAGUUACAAAUACUUUAAAUGAAAUUCAAUAUAACUUUACAUUUCUUGACAAGUUUUUAACUCGACUUCGAGACUAUAACUUGAAACCAGGGUUUGAAAUAAUGGGAAACCCAUCGAAUAUUUUUAAUGAUUUCGAGAACCGAACUCAAGUUCUUCAGUGGAAAGAUUUAGUCAAACAAUUGGUCACUCGUUAUAUAAAAAUGUUUGGAAGAGAUUACGUAAAACAAUGGAGUUUUGAGUCUUGGAAUGAGCCGUCCAUUGAAUUCAAAAACCAUUUCAAAGAUAACAUAAAAGUCACUCAAAAGGGUUUCCUUAACUAUUAUGACGCCUGUUCUCUAGCGCUUCAAGAAGUGGACACAGACUUGAUAUUUGGAGGACCCGGUGAUCAUUGGCCGAAGAACAUCACUAACGGUCCAUUUGUUAUCGAUUUAAUAAAACAUUUCAUCAAUGGUUCAAAUUAUUUGAGUGGAAAGAAGGGCGACAUUAAGUUAGACUUUAUAUCAUUGCAUGAAAAGGGAAAUAAAGGCCAAUCGUCUUAUACGGACCAACUCGAAGAUAAAGCGCUCAACGAUAUGGCCAAUGAGUUUCCAUCUCUCAAACAAAUACCAUUUGUUGAAAAUGAAGGCGACCCUGAAGCCGGUUGGAAUCUGAACAGGACGUGGAGGGCGGACAACAGAUAUGCCGCAACUGUUGCUCAAGUGUUGGCCCGACAUAUAUAUAAAUAUAAUCACACAAACAAACUAUCUCUCUAUGCUUUCGAUAAUGGAUUCUUAAGUUUCUAUCCGUUUCAGUUCACACAACGAACACUAUUGGCCCGGUAUUGCACCCAAACAUAUCCCAUACACUGUUAUAAUGUGUCGAUUCUUAAAGACCAGAAUAUACCGGAAUUUGAUGAUAGUAUAUCAUCUGAUGAGUGGAAAUGGUCUCAAUAUAUUAUGGAUAAUAAUCACACCAAUCCUUUUAAUGUAUGGACUCAACACAAUUGUCCCGAUUAUCCAACAGAACAACUAUUUGCACAAAUGAGAGAACAGGAGGAGCCCUAUAUUGAAACAAUAUUUGGAGCCAUACUUUUGACAUUGCAUUUCCUGAUAACAGACAUUAGGGCUAUAUAUGUGACAAACAAUUCAGUUGUACUCAAUUGGCAAACACCUAACACCAGGAUCCGAGUGAUCGACUUCUGGGGUCGAAAAAGUCCGUUUUCACAUCAUUUCCACUGCAAUAUGCAUUCAAUUAAAAAUAUUUAG